AUGUCUCACCAGCCUAUUGUUCUCGAGCUCAUUGACUUAAUUGACCGUAACAAAUGGCAAGAGACGUUCGAGGAGGCAAUUAAAAAAGCCCGCGAGGAUCCUAACGCUGUGGACGAUUUGAACAGCGAAAACAUAAAAGACUUGAAAAGCUUCUUCAAGUUCAUCGAUUCCUAUGUGACGUGGAUACCCAUGACUGCUGCGGAUAGAGAUAUACCGUUAAAGAAGCUCUCCAUUUUUUACUUUAUCCUAGACAAGCAACCAGUAAUAGACUUGCAGACGAGUGUUACUGAGAAAAAGGAUGAGCGCACAGAGCUUUCAGACUGGGUCGUCAAGUUUGCCAACAGUCUUGGAACUCAUAUGGACAGUCCUGAUUCUAUUUCACCGAGCAGUAUUAAAACAUUCCGGAACAACAAAGACUACUCCCUACAUGAGUAUAUUCCCGACAACUGGCAAUCAUUCAAUGAAUUCUUCGCCAGACGGGUGAAGAAGCAGUACAGACCAAUUACCACCGAACAAAAAGCUAUCGCUAGUCCUUGUGACGCAAUAUACGAUGGCCGUUGGUCAAUUGCGUCGAAUGGAGAGGUGACAUUUGCAAAGAAAUCCCAAUCUAUCAACUUCAAGGGCAUUACGUGGAAGAUCAGUGAGCUCCUAGAUGAUAGCCAGUAUAGAGAUGAGUUCAAUGGGGGCGAUUUUAUGCAUGCAUUUCUCUUGCCACAUAAUUACCAUCGCGUGCAUGCCCCAGUGGGUGGAAAGGUGGUUGAAGUGAAGACGAUUCCAGGUAAUGUCUACUUGGAGGUAGGAUCGAAGAAGCAUGAAGGAAUCACCCCGAUCCGACGAAUGCCAUCAGGAGAUGGCAAUGAUGUCGAUGCUCAGGACAACCCUGGCUAUCAGUGGAAUCAAGUUCGCGGGCUGAUCGUGUUCGACACAAGCAAAGAUACCGAUCUGAAUAUCGGAUAUGUGGCACUAUUUGCUGUAGGAAUGGCACAAAUUUCGUCAGUGGUAACUUCAGUCACAGCUGGCGAUCAGGUUGGAAAAGGGGACGAGAUUGGACUUAUAAAAUAUGGGGGGUCGGACUACGUGCUAGUCUUUCAGAAGGACAAGAUAGAUUUCAGCAAAGCACAGCAAGUGUUUUACCCUAUGGGUAAGUCGUUGAAUAUAUAUGGGAAGUAA